CCACUUCCGCCCUCGUGACGCGACUUGCUCCGCCUCUGUCGAGUUCCCAUAGCAACCAGCAAGCCCGGAGCCUCAUGGCUGGUUGUUUACAGUCGCCUUUUGCUCUCUCCUAGAGGCUUGUAGUUAGAUCCAGUUUGGGGCUGUGAUGGAUAUUACAAGGGGAAGCUUGGAUGAAAUUUCAAGGCCAGCAUCUAAUUCAAGAAUCAAUAAUGGAAACAAAGUUUUAAGCACCUCUUUAGAGGUCUUAACACCAGAGCCAAACCUGCCCAAGGUUGACUUUUACAAUAAUUACACAGAAGAUGAAUCUGAAAAAAAUUAUGAGAAAGGAGAGGAAGAUGGAAUUAAAAAAAUGAAAAGCUCACAAGAAAUAUCUGAAGAAAAUGCUAACAAUGGUUUCCAGUUAGUGAUACAGAACGAAAAUCAGGUAGAAGAAUGUUCUUCAAGCCCAAUGGAUUCUGAAAAUGAUUGUACUGAAAAUCAACUAUAUAGUUGCAGCAAUGCUCCUCAGAAGAAACUAGCUAAAUUACAGAAAGUGACAGCCAAGUCUACGAACAUAGGAAACUCUACGGAGAAAGAUGUAGACCCUCUCGUCCUGAAUGCUAUAAAGAAGAUGAAAAGGUUGGACCAGAUAUUGGCAAAUAAACAAUCUCAAGAAAGAGCCAUUAAAAAGCAAGGCAAAGAACUGAGAAGAAAACUCUGGGAAGAAUUUCAGUUUACAACAUCUCCAAGUUCUACAGUGAUUACAGAGGAGGGAGAAAACACUAGCAGAUUUUUGGCUUUGGAAUCACCAUUACCAGAAACAUUAGAUUCUUCUGCUGUUGAAGAAGAUGAAGUGUUUGUUAGUCUGUUUCACACACAGAUCAAUCCAGAAAAUUAUGCACAUAGUGGAAGAGAAACCAAGCAAGAUUGUUUAAGUGAAGAUAGAACAAGAAGCACAAUGAAGACAAUAGAAAAUAUGCAUCAAAAAAGUGAAGCAAGCUAUAAAAACUAUCCUGAUUUUAUUAAAAAGAACAUAGAGCUAGCCAAAGAUGCAGCCAAUCAAGUGGUUAUGCUAGAAGAAGAAAAGAAAAGGCUGGCAGAGUUGCUCAGAGAUACUGAAGAGGAGACAAAUGAACUCAACGUCACUGAGAAAGAAGUAAUGGGGUGGUUAGUACCAGGUGAAGGAUACACACCCGAACCAGUGGAAUAUCACCACCUUGCAGAAAUCAGUGCUAAACUCAAAGCAGUCAUCUCUGAUGGAGAUUACGCUGCUGUUGAUAAUUCUUUAGAAGUCCCCAGUCAGAUUUAUCAGGAAUCUUUGGCUUAUGCAAAUAGAAAGCUGGAAACAAUUCCAGGUGAAAAGGUCUUAAGAGGCACUAAAGAAGAACGUGAUCAGCAAAACCGUCUUAAAGAGAUUGACCAGCAGCUGAAAAUCUUAGAAGAGACUGCUGAGGUAUUGCCUUAUCUGUCAGAAGAGCAGCUUAAUGUACUCCUGAAAGAAUGUAUACAAACCCCAAGAAAAGAAGCCAGCCCUCCCCAGACAAAAUCUCAGGAUCUUUUUCUUGAGAGAGUGACUCCCUGUUGUGACUUGCUGGAAAACUCCAUUCUGGACUCCAGAAAUGAACUGUUAGUUGAUGUCCAAAGUGGAGAAAUGAUAGAAGACCAAAAGAUGAUUAGGGCAGAACAUGAAGAUAUAUGUCUGAGUGAUGUGAUUGAAACUUCUGAUUCUAACCUCAGCAUAGCAUUGAUAGAAUCUCACCAGGUAGAGACAAAAGAAAAUAACCAAGAAAGCCAAGAGAAGUCAGUACAUAAUAGUAGCUCUGAAGGUUACUACAUGGCAAAAGCACUGAGCCCGGACAAGCCGAGAAAGCCUUCCUUUCUUGAUGAACCUUUUUAUUGUAUCAGCAUGAACAAUGAACUAUCCACAGAUGUCGACAUUCCUAGCAUGCCACUGAAAACUGGAGGAGGUGAGGUUCUUAAUAAACCUUUGGAAUAAGCUUUUGAUUAUGGUUUUAAAAGCCCAGGCAGGUUCUCACAGAAGGUAUGCACUAAUGUAUUACGAUUAUACUGAUGGGGCAAAAGGCCCUUUCAUAAAGCACAAAGAUGAUGCCAGAAAUAACAAAAUUUCAAAAUGUUUCCUGGCAUUCUUGAACUGACAUAAAUAGCUGUGAGAUUAGUUCUCUUAGAAAAUGUACUAAAAUAAUGAUUGAUUAUGUCAGCCAGCAAUAAAGUUGGACCUACACACAUGAAUUAGGUCUUUAAUAAUCAGCAAGCACCAUUCCUUUUGUUCUUUGUGUCAGUGAAAUUGCACAAAAGGAACAAAAGGUCAACUGAAUGUAUUUUUAAUAGAAAAACUACCCCCCCCAAAAAAAAUCCCAAAUGAAACUGGUAGCAUUGCCACACACAUACACACUCACACACACAUGUACACAUAUGCACACGGAUGGAUGGAUGUGUGUGUGUGUGAGAUAGAUAGAUAGAUAGAUAGAUAGAUAGAUAGAUAGAUAGAUAGAUAGAUAGAUAGAUAGAUCAUAGUACAGUUUGCUCCCAUAUUCAUGGACUUUACAUCAAUAGUAGAUCCAAGCAUUUACAGCUUGGAAAAGAGUGAACAACAGCUAAAAAGCAAAUAAAGAUUUUGCAAUUUUCUAUAAGUGUUACUAUUUUACUAUGCCACUGUAUACAAUCACUGAGGUACAAUCAUCUGACUAACAAACAACUCAUAGCUACAAACGGGUGAGACAACAGGAAGUGAGAGAAAUCUGCCCUUAGAAGGGAAAUUCACCCCUGGAAGAGUUAUGUGGGAAAGCUGUCUCAAAAAUUGCUAUAGUACAUAGGAAUCAUUAGAAGGUCAUUCAUAUAUGUAUAUUGACUAAUCUCCUUUAGAUGUGUGACAUUCUUUGUGCAUCCCAGUAGCUUCUAUGUUUUUCUCUUCAAAUAUUAACUUUACAUCCUGAACACAUUUUUAACACAACAUUUAAAACUGUUAUAGCAGGAAGUACUUAGAAUUUACAGUUAAGAAAGGAAAGUGUCCAGAACCUGUUGAAGUGCGAAGUUUUCCGAGCUUAACUGUUAAAUUCAGCCUUCCAAGUUUAAAUGCUGUCUUCUUUAUAGAAGACAAUAAUUUAGUUAGUGGAUAAUAAUGCAGCAAUUUCUAUUUAGUGUUUAUAACAUUUUCAUGACCAUUUUUACAUCUCUAUUGGAAUUUUCCCAAAAUGUUAAAGGCCCGUCCAAAUGGAAGAUGAUUUAUACCCUUCGAAGGUCUUCUGUGAUUCAUUUUCAAUGCAGUUUGUGAAUAAAAUGGUUCACAUCUCUUGUGACAUAGAUAUCAUAGUGGGAACACAGUCUGUGCUGACAUCCGUUGGGAAUUAGAAGUAUUACUCUACAUGUGGGCAAAGUCUUGAUCCAAGACUAUUUUCUGUUUAUUAGAUAUGUUUGGGGGGGGGGGGGAUCAAGAAUGACUUUUGUUUAUCUUAUAUUGAUUUGUUUUAUUAUCCGCAAGUGAGAUAUAGCAACUUUGCUUCCACAGAUAAUCCAAUAAUUAUUUGUAUUAUAAACAUAUAGCAAUGUAAUAAAUGGUUAUAAAAUGGGUAUAUUUUACUGCCAUAUUUUUGUUUUUUCUUAAUAUUACAAAUGUGAACAGACUGUAAUGAUACCAUUUAAUUUAACAUAUUACAUGGACCUUGUUAAAUACAGCUGGAUCAGUUUUGAUGUAAAAUUGUAACACUCAUAGGAUCAAUUUUUAAUGUGAAAUGAAGGGCAUAUGCUUGGGAAAUUAAGACUUAGACAAGGGUUCCCACAAGUGCCAAAAUACAUGCAGGCUCCUAACCAGUUUACGACUUAAUUUAACAACAACAAGAACAAAAAGAGAUUUAAAACAGACUAUCAACAAGACAAACAAUUGAAAGACAAAAACUCAGAUAAGAUACAAGUCAGCUACUUCCCAAAUUAUCAUCACAGUUCUUUCAACUUAUCUACUGAAUCUAGCAAAUGAACGAAGCAGGAUAUAAUGGAAUCACUUCAUUGAUCUCAUAGGAUCCUUCUCUGUAAACACAGAGGUGGAACGUUAAUGGUGAGAUUGUACCCCCAGAUUCACAGUAGAACAAAGUCCCAAUCUUUAUUUCCUAUUUAAUACAACAUUGAUUUUAAAAAUAAAAUAAAAAUAUGAUCAUGUUCGAGAUACAUUAUUGCAUUUUUCCUGAUUAUCCAGAUAUCCAUAUCUCUAAAUCAGUCUGAGUUUAGCUAGAGCUGGUAUUAAUGAAUUUGUUUCAGAAUUUGGUCAAAUUGAUUGUACAGGCCAUAUUUAUAAACACACACACACACACCUUUUGCUAUGGCCCUGCUACAUGCCCUUAUUUACUUAUUGGAAAAUAUCCUCCAAAAACUUAAACUGGCUGUAUCAUUUUUUACCUCUUCGCCCCUGGACAGUGGCCAAACGUAUGCAAGGUAGGUUGACCAUGUUGAUAAAGUUUAAGUCCUUUAUCUUUUUUUUUUUCAAUAUAGUAAAUCUAUCAAUAAUUCAGGGUUGGUUUUAUUUCUGUACGGAUGAAGUGACAGAUGAAGAUAUGCAUGAAGACUAAUAUACUUCCAACUUAACCAGUAUUGGUAAAAUCAAUGUCUUCUUCAAUUCCUGAUUUGCGUAAUUAUGGCUAUUUCAUGAUUCAUAUCUGCACUGAAAGCAUUUCUUGUUCUAUAGAAUACAUUGUCAGUCAGUGAAUUCUCUUUGUCGUACUUCGUUGUUACAUUUGGUAAUUUGAAUAAAUCAUCUAAAUAAAUUCAUUUCUAAAACAUUCUA